GGAUGACCACUUUAAGCUGGGCAUUCGCACCAUAUCACGCAUCCCUGGAUGUGUCCGCCACUCGCUAAAGAUGGUGGUGGAUACCACCGAGAAGUAUGUGAAGGACGAGGAGGAUUCGGAUGUCGGCUGCUUGACAGCUAUUUUCUUGCCGACUAUGCUGCUGUUCCCGAUGAAUCGUGGCGGGACGGGCGGCCACCGCAAGUGGGGUUCUCGCUUCAAGCGUUUUUUGCUGGAGAAUGGCAAGGAUUACUCGACGAGUCCAGAAAUUUUGCUGAGCAGGGUCGCCACGUUUUCGCUCCACGUGGCGACGGACCAGUGGAAGGCGUGCCCGAGCCAUCCCUAGAGGAGAUCAAGCUGCGAGCGACAGAGAGGUUUGUGAAACAGGGGGAGCUGUCACGUGCGGCACGACGGCUGACGGCCGCCAAGGUCGCUCCAGCGACGGCGGCGACACUCCAGCAGCUCAAGGACCUACACCCUGCAGCUCCGCUCCCCACAAAGCCGCAGCCCCAGAACGGCCCGGAUGGACCGCCCCUCCCUCUCACGGUCCCACCCAGAGUUCUACUGGCUGCCCUCAAGACGGCGCCGCGAGGUUUCGCAGCCGGCCCCACGGGAUGGCGGUAUGAGCAUCUUCGUGCCUGCAUGGGAGAAGGUGACGCCUCGGCAGAAGACGAGACCGUCCCCCUGCCCUCCCUUGUCAGCCGGAUGCUCGCUGGUAACAUGCCGGACAGCUGCACCACAACUCUUUCGGCCGCCCGCCUUUUCGCUCUGAUGAAAGACAACGGUGGUGUCCGGCCGAUUGCUGUGGGUGAUGUGCUUCAGAGAUGGGUGACGAAGGCAGUUUGUAUGGAGAACAAGCUUGCCUUUUAG